AUGGAUAUAAAAUCUGGUGAUGAUUUAAUUGGAGUAGAUUUUGAUGUAGACAUUCCUAUUGAACGAAAUGUGAAGAAGCGGACAAAAUUCUCAGAGGCUAAGAAGUAUAGAUCGACUCAUUCUAUUAAAAUCUCUGUGAUCAAUAAACGGAGCAAAAUACCUAAGCCUGUCAAGUCAUUUCGAAGCCCGUCGUGUCAUUUCAAUGAUGUCAUUCUGCAUAAUCUCUCCGAUUUGGCGUAUAAAACUCCAACACCAAUACAAGCUCAGGGCAUCCCUAUUAUGAUGCAGCAUCGCAACUUGUUAGCUUGCGCACCAACGGGUUCUGGAAAAACCGCUGCUUAUCUGCUUCCAGUACUUAACCAACUAUUGAGUACCAAACUUCAUGAAAGUUCCAAGUCGAAGGCUGUAUUAGAUGAGGAAGUGGUAUCAGAUCACAAGAUAUUUCCGUUUGCCGUUGUCUUGGCUCCUACUCAAGAGUUGAUGCAUCAGAUUCGUUCGGAAGCACUUCGAUUAUGUCGUGAGGUUCAAAGCGACUACUAUAUAGCAACUUUAAGCAGGAAACACUACUCCAUACGCUGCAAAAAGAGCUCAAAUAUAACCACUAGGGAUGGUGAUGUAGCGCAAGGCUCAAAGAAUCUUCGUGAACUGAAAUUACCAGCCAACACGAAAAUCCUGAUCUCUACUCCUAGUCGACUAAGUACUUUAUUGUCCCUUCCAUACGAACAAUGUCCUUUCGAUUUCUCCAGACUCUCCUGGCUUGUAGUAGAUGAAUGCGAUAAAAUGCUGGAAGUAAAUUUGAACGAUAUAUCUCAUUCUAACUCUGAACAUGUUAACAAAGGGAAGUACCGACCUCGUGGAUUUCAUGAUCAACUAGCUCCUGUUUUUAAAGCUAUUCAGAAGCCAACUGCCUAUCCUCCUAAAAUUGACAAUUCAGAGCCUGAGUUAAUCCAGUUGCGAGUGGGUGUCCGAAAUGCUGCUGUUUCUACUGUCAAACAAGAGUUACGCUAUUGUGCUACAGAACAAGGAAAACUUCUGGAAAUGCAUUAUCUACUCGCCAGUGGGUUAGCUUAUCCGUGUCUUAUUUUUAUGCAGUCUCGAGAAAGAGCCCGCGAAAUUCUUAAGGAAAUCCUAUUGUCUGAUGUAGAUAUUCUGGCGAAUGUGAUUUCAAGUGAUAAAACGGAAGCCCAACGUGCCAAUAUAGUCCGUGCUUUUCGUGAAGGACAACUUCAUGUUCUCAUUUGUACUGAUUUAUUGGGGCGAGGGAUCGACUUUAAGGGUGUCAGCAUGGUAGUCAAUUACGACGUCACUCCAUCAAAACAAGAAUAUAUACAUCGCAUUGGUCGAACUGGGAGAGCCGUCGUCAUGGACGGGCUAUUACUCUUUGGACUGAUUCUGAUCUGCCACAUAUGGAUGUCGUCGACGUGGCGAAGACGUCUUGCUGCUAAAAUCCUCAAAAACUCUAGCAAGGAAAACGUAACCGAAACUACUAAUAUUCAAGACAAGAGUAUGUGGUUAAGACCAUGGAAUCCCCACAGAGGUCGUAUAAGUGAUGUACCUGGAGCCCUGAGUAAAAAACAGAAAACUGAAUAA